AUGUCAUUUGCCCUCGUAUCUGAUUUUGGUUUAGGGAAUAAUGGAGUCCGCAUUUCGUUGAACUUUUUCGACGGAAUCAUCGAACAAAGCUUGCUAAGCGCGUUGGGGUCAGCAGAAUUACAAUUGAUCUUCAAAUCGUUGCUCAAAAGGGAUGAAACAACAAAAGAAAAGGCCUUACUAGAUCUUUCCGAUUUACUUGCUAAUGUGGAUCAAAAUAAGUGCCUUUUCGAGGAUGAAUGUUUUGCACUAUGUUGGUCUCAGAUUUAUGCUAAGCUAUUGACCAAUGAGUCGAGAAAUAUUCGCAUAUUGUCGCAUACAAUCACAACAGAUUUGAUUAAACUUUUGGGAAAAAAGGGUGGCAGGUAUCUGAAAGACUUUGUCCCACUCCUUUUGUCAGGGACUUAUGAAUAUGAUUCUGCAGUGAGUAAAGUGUGUUUGCAAAAACUGAUGGAGUGCUUCGGUAACGAUCCAGCAAAAGUGCGUGCAACCUGGAAAAUUUUCCAGAGUCAGAUAUUGAAAUUUAUAGAGGAGGUGAUAAUAGUGGAAACUCCGGAAUCUCUUUCCGACGUGCGCUACGUAACAAAGCAAGAUGCGGAACUCAAAUACACCCGUAUUGCUACCAGUGCUAUUUGCGUUAUUGACCGCUUAGUUAAAGAAUGCCCAGCUGCUCUUUCUUCUGAAGAUCAAACCUGCAUGAGGAUUCUAGUUAGCGAUGAUCUAUGGCGCCUCAUGUCAUUGAAAAGCAUACAUGAUAUGAAAGCCUGUGGGGCACUUUUAAACUUAAUAGGAACACUUUGGGAUGCAGGUUUUUUGGAAUCCUCUAAAGAAAUCAUUAAGCUACCUUCCAAGAGACUACUGAAAUCCAUGGGCCAACUGUCGCCUAAGAAUGCUCUCGGGAUGUCUCCGUUAUUCCCUUCAAUUCUCACUCAGCUCUCACGGUUAAUUCAAUACAAAAACGGUAAAAUCCUGUCCUUAAGUAAAUCUUCUCGCGAAAUCAUACUGAAUUUUCUGACUUUAGGAGCUGGGAAUGCAGAUGCAUCCUAUUACAGUCUACUUCUAUCCUUUUUCAAGAAGAACAGUGAGAAUCUGAAUCUAGACUACAAGUUAGACUGCCUAAAAAUCUGGCAAAAGGGCGUAGAGUACGAAUGUAAUAGGCGUGGCGUUCCUAUAAACUGCAGUUUAAUGUUGCAUGAAUUAUGGAAAAAUUACCUAACCUUCUUGUCUCUCGCUCCUGAAGGUUUUCGAGAUGAAGCAAGGGCCAUUGGAACAAAAGACAUCCUAGUGACCUUAGGCAAAAAGUCCCUUAAUAUUCCCGAUGAUACAAUCAGACUAUUUGCAGCAUCUCUAGACUGCGACGAUGUCAAAAAGGAAAUACAAAAGUUGAUGCCAACUGGCUGUAGUGAAAGCCACAAAGAUAGGCGUUACAUCGAUAAUAUCAUCAGUAUAGCUUUUGCAAAAGCUUCGGAAGAACCCUUUUUGAAUGAAAUUUCGCAAUCUAUGAUUUUGUCACUACAAGAGCAUGAGUUUUGCCAUUCACAUUACGGCUACAGUUAUUUUAUCCGUCUCAUAAAAGCAAGGCAGUCGGCUUGUAAAUUGGAGAUUCUGCCUUUGUUAAAUUUAUUGUCCCAACAUCUAACCCUACAGACAUUUGAAGGGGCUACGAAAGUUUUCAUCACUUUUUCUAGAGUAUUUCCCUGCGACCCUGGCAACGAGCUUGGCAUUCUGGAUAUCUUUGGGAGAUUCAUUGAUUCUUUCCUUUCUCUGGAUAUCGCGCGUGGCGAGAAGCUAUCAUUUCUCGACCAACUUGAUCAAACUUAUCUAGCGCCACUAAUGGGACAUUCCCAGUCCCUUCAGACUUUCGAAAAUGGCCUGAUUGUUCAUUUUGACUUUUCGGACGAAGCGUUAUUCAAGAGCCAAUUGAUAAAUGAGAAUAACGUAUUGUAUUUAUACAAAGAAUCAAUGAAAGCAUCAAAACUUUCCGAACUUUGUCAUUAUUGCAGUAUUCAUAAACCUGAGCUUCUUGAGUAUCUGCUUCUAAACAGCGAUAUUAUCGUUAAUGCUUUGUUUAUUAGUGAUGAAAAUGGUGAAAUGAUUGCGAAAGUACUUCAGUUAUCGAAGGAUAAUGACGAAGUAGCGGCAAAAGCAGGCUUAGCUGUCUCCAGGCAUGUAAGACUCUCGCAAGCCCCGUUGAAAGGAGAUAUCUUAGACUUUGUAAGAAAGCAAUUGGAAGCUAAUACCUCAUUCCUGGACGUUCUCAUUCCGGGCGAUAUACACGCUAAACUUGAUGAGGUUCUCCCAGAAAUGAGCUAUCAAAUGGCUAUGAGCUGUUCCCUAGACCUCAAUGUUCAUUUACUUCAGCCAUCUUGUAAGGGCAUCGAUUGGUCUAUGGUUCAACCAGCUAUUAGAGAGGCACAAUUCUUAGACACAUUGUUAACCGGUCUACCUGAGUAUUUGAAUGAUGACAUCGUAUUAUACCUAACAUUCAUCAGCGAGUUGGCUUCUGAUUUCAAUUACUUCAGUCCAGAACCAUUGGACGAGUAUCAAGACUUCGAGUGCGUACUAUUCAAGGUUCGCAAGUAUGACUUUGAGGCCCACACUAUUAUUCGAUCUUUACUAAGCGAUCAUGAUACUGAGUCUAGAAUUAUGCAAUUACUCACAAAAACCGAGGGGCUGUCUGCUGUUGCUUUGCUGUUCAACUUUCGCAUAUUAAAGCAGAUGUUGGUCAAUGCCAUCGACUGUGCAGCUCCUACCGUAAUCACCGCUGAUAUUGAGAAAUACAUCAUGACGACAGUCAGGAAGAAUAUGUCUGAUGCUGGAGGGCUCAUGAAAGUUGCCACUUUUCUUGCUGCCGUUGUACGCUUUAACAAUUGCGAGCCUCUAUCCAAAAUAAGAAAUUAUCUAGCCUCGGAAUUAAUAGGCGCUAGAGGCUCAGAACUGACUACACGCGUGCCAAUUAUUUUAAUUUUGUUGAACAAUAUGUUGAAACUUGAUUCAAAUGUUGUAAUCGAUCCAAGUUACUUUCCUAUUGCCCCUCAAAGGUUGAAUAUGAUAUUAAGUGAAAUUGGCAAGUGGAUCGAAAGUGAUUUAUGGUACGAAGAUUGUUGUGCAGUUUUGAGAAUGGCUUUGCUUGAGUUUUUUGGUGCACUCCUGACCUUCUCAUCAUUGGAAGUCACUUCACUUAUCGGGCCAUCCUUCAGGAUUCUGAGAGAUUGUGUCGACAUUAUCAAUGUGAAUGAAGAAUCUUACCUCUCCGAGCUAAAACUACGCUCCGUUGAGCUUUUCAGGAGAAUUACCGCAAAAAAACUAAAUAAUCAUGAGAAGGAUCAGGACACCACGGAAGCUGCUGACGAGCUUUUCGAUAACAUUUUUGAGACUUUGAUUUUGAGACCAGAUCACGAUGCUGAGAGCCAUUUUACAUAUGUGUUCUACAAGUCGCUGUCCUCGGCUCUACACACAGUCCCCAAGACCAAAUUUUUAGGAUACGCGGAGAAGCUUAUGGAGGCGAACGCAGCCUCUGAUUCACUCAAUCUUGACCAAUCAAGGCUAAUUGUAUCAUUGCUAAGGCAAAUGAUCCUUCUCAAGCAACAAGAGUUGCUAGUCGAAUAUGAGCUGAAAAACUCUUCAGUCGGAUCAGAAGAUGUUAUAGACCAACAGUUUCAACUACCCUCCCUUCUACUUGACAAGAUCAGUCACGACAUGCCAAAAGAGUACCUGGAAUAUGAAAACGAAACCCAAUUUUUGAAAUAUCUCUGGGAUUGCUUUCUGACCUUUACCUACUUCGAAAAGAUUUCCUACAACUUGCGACAAAACUAUAUUGGUCAAUUGAGGGACCAACAUCUCAUCACAAAACUUUUCGACUUUAUCGCUGAUCAAUUGGACCUCGAGGAUAAAUCUUGGGCCCCUUCCAACUCCUCUUCGUUACUAACUUACGAUAUAAGUGGGCUUGGGUUUUCUUCGACAAAGGGUACAAUAGUUCAGGAAUGCAAGUUUCUUCUCCUGCAUUUGCUCUACGUGCUUUUCACCACAAUGGGCUCUCUAACUAGCUCUUGGUGGUUGAACCUUAAAGACAGAAACUUGCAAUUGAAGAUCGAAAAGUUCGUCACUGCCCACAUUUCGCCAGUUUUGAUCCAGCAGGAACUCGACAAUGUGGGGGACAAAGCUAAAAACCUUACCGAUCACGACGACAGUUUGAGUAUCAGAGUAAAUCAUGUCACUAACGAAAUUAAGGCCGGCUACCUGGUCGAUGAACAGAAGCUGGAGAUUUCCCUUAAAUUGCCAUCUAAUUAUCCUCUCAGCAAUAUCGAAGUUCAUGGAAUUUCGCGAGUCGGUAUCAAUGAGCAAAAGUGGAAAUCGUGGAUCUUGUCUGCACAGCGAGUUAUAAUAGGGAUGAAUGGUUCUGUUAUGGACUCGCUGGAGCUAUUCACCAAAAAUGUAAACCUGCAUUUCUCUGGAUUCGAGGAGUGUGCCAUUUGUUACUCUAUUCUGCAUGCUGUCGACCGUAAGCUACCCACAAAGGUCUGCCCUACAUGUAAUAACAGGUUUCACGGCGCUUGUCUUUACAAGUGGUUUAGAUCAUCGGGCAAUAAUACUUGUCCCCUUUGCCGUAGCGAGAUUCCCUUCCGGAGAUAA